AUGGCGCCAUUGCUUAUCCCAAGCUUUUUCGUGCUUGAAUCCGGUGGGAAAUAUUUGAGCGUAGCAGAGAACAAUUCAAAAAACAACCUACCAUCAGGGUUCGUGAAAUUUAAUGAAGAAAAUAUUUGGAGUCCUCGAACCAAGUUUGCGGCUGAGCCAGCAGAAACCGGGGAGGAUGGCGCAAAAUUGGUGCACAUCAGAUCCUGUUACAACAACAAGUAUUUGGCGACACAACAAAUCGGGAACAAUUUAUGGAUUGUUGCUUUUGCCAAAAAGCCAGAGGAAGACCGAACAAAAGCGUCAUGCACGUUGUUCGAGCCUCAUUAUUCCUUGUUGUCGUCAGAUGAUCAACAAACAACAACAUCCGUCUGCUUGCGCCAUGUUCAGUCCCAGGCCUCUGCAACACACUCGUUGAGUGCGGAUGAUGAUGGUGACGCGGCCCAGGAAGGAUUGCUAAUAUCCUCUGGUAGUGCUGGAUCUGGUUUCCGUGCAAUUGAUUCCAAGUCUCUGAUAGUACUUCCCACUCUAGUGGCAUUCAAAACAUCAGACGCUAAAGGAAAAUUCGUCUGCUCCCGUAGACUGAGAAGCAUUGCAAUUCAGAGAGGUUGGCCAUAUCUGCGGUUCGAGGAUGACCUCGAUAUCGCAGAUGAAAAGGUGGCCAAGCAGCUCUUCCCCACUGCCCAGGGAUACUAUCGUGUAAAGGACUUGUACUUUGAUAAGUUCUGGAGGCGUAGUAAACCUUCCUGGAAUGGGGCUAACCCCAACUGGAUAUGGGGUGACGGCGAAUCUAACAAUACCUCUAACGAAACCUUGUUUUCCGUCGUCAGAGUAGACGACAAUGUCAUCGCUCUUAGAAACAUGGAGAAUAACAACUUCUGUGGUCCCCUCUCCGCGGAGGGAGAAUCCAACUGUUUGAACGCCAACUUUCCUAAUUUGACAAGUCAGGCUAUGCUGAUGAUACAGGAGACCGUCCUUUUAAGGACGAUCUCGGGUAUCACAUACCGGCUAUCUGACGUAAGGAUUUACGGGGAGCAGAUGAUAGAAUGUGACACUGCUUUUGCAACCAACAACCUCCCAGACCAUAGCGCCAAUAUCACGCUAAAUUUUUCCUUUACCGAUUCCAGAACCACUAGCUGGGAGAACUCAGUGUCGUUCUCAUAUGGAGUAAUGACAGAAUUCAAAACAGACAGGAUACCCUUCAUUGGGUCUGGAGGAGUCGAGAUCUCAACCGAGUUCUCUCAUUCGCAUUCGUGGGGAGGAUCUGAGACAGAGACGAUUGAAAGAGGAGCCACCUACAGUGUGCCAGUGCCAGCGCGAAGUACGGUAAAGGUGACGAUGCUGUGUAACAGGGCUCUUUGUGAUGUCCCUUUCUACUACACUCAAACCGACCUUCUUCCUUCUGGUGAACGGGUUACCACCAUCAAUGAUGACGGCAUCUUCACUGGCAUGAACUCCUACAACUUUCAUUUUAAAUCCGAGCUGGUUCCAAAUCCCUAA